UGGGUACUGUCCUUCUCCGUUCGGUGACUGAAUACUCGGUACAUUUUACAUCUACACGGGAAGAUCUACAGUAUUGCACCUACCAAUGUCAUGAUCUUAGUACACUUAUCACAACGAGACGAACACAUACAUAUGGCAACCGUGUUGCCGCGAGAUUGUACCAUUUUCGAUUGCUGACGUGAAGGUAUCGGUAUCAUUUGUCUUUUCCAAUUCCCGGAAAAGUAUUCUCCCAUAUCGGCCGGCUGCAACCCCACAUCUAUGAGGGGUACCGGAAGUAUGAUAUAUACUUCCCUAUACACAAGUUUGGAACAUCUGUAAGUUCUAUUGAAAUAUCUGCAAGUUUGAUUCAAUGGUAUGAAGUAUCGUAACGUUAAUUCUAUCUCCAUACUCUCAUUCUCUCAAACUACCAAGCAAAACCUUCCUCGAUACCCUCAGAUUCUCAGAAACACACAAACUCACCUCAUCCACCAAACCACACAAACCAAAAUGCGUCUUCCUUACGCCGAUCCCUCUUCUCCAAAAUUCUCUUCUCCCGCUGACCGCGCAAUCAUUGAACGCGUUGAAGCUCGCCGUGCACCGCGUCCUCUCCAACCCUUAGACUUGACAUUAUUGCAUAGUCCCCCGGUUGCAGAUGGCUGGAACUCUUUUCUCGGAGCAGUGAGAACGCAAACGGGGUUGGCGGAUGAUAUUAGAGAGAUAGCGAUUUGUAGGGUGGCUAUUUGUAAUAGGGCUUGGUAUGAAUGGGGACAUCAUGCGCCGUUGGCGAAGAAGGGAGGGGUUAGUGAUGAGGGGAUGGAGGUGCUAAAGAGGGAGAAGUGUGAGAGGGAGGGGCAGGGUGAUGGGAAUGGGAAUGCGGAAGGACUGAGUGGGAAACAGUGGGCAGUGGUUAAGUAUACGGAUGAGAUGACUAGGAAUGUUAGGGUGCCGGAAGAGGUUUUUGAGGAUUUGAAAAGGUGCUUUGAUGAGAAGGAGAUUGUUGAGUUGACGGCUACGGUAAGUCAGCUUUCUUUCAAAGAGGUUAGAAAUUAGGGAUGAUUGGAGAUAUGUGGACUCGAAACAGAGUGAAGUGAAGGGUCCGAAAAUUGUCAUGUGCGUUUUGACUAGGAAAAUAAAAGCUAAUCAUGAAAUGCAGAUCGCAGCAUACAAUUGUGUGAGCAGAUUCCUGGUGGCUUUAGAUGGUAAGUCUUCUCAUGCGUGUUCCGUUGCAUCAUAUCAUACUUCUCUUAAUUAACCCCUCAUGAAUCAAUUUUUGUACUCCUCUCUAACACCUACCUGAUAGUUGGCGAAAGAAACAAACUUACUGGUCCCGAUGAUGUGGCUCAUUAACCUUGCUUAUUACUGAAAGUCUAAAGAGCAUCGCAAUACCGACAUAAAAAUGCGGAAUGUACCCUCAAAUCCCGAGAUACAUAUAGGUUACCUGUCUAGUAAUAAUAUACCCUCUGGACAAGGAUGGACAUCAAAUUUCAUGUAUGGUAUCCAAUCUCAUCUUUAGUAUCUCCGCCCACAGCUCUCCACGUUAUGUGGAAAACAGAAAAAUGUACGAACAUGUAGCAAAAGUUGUUAGAUGCAUAACAUACAGUUGCUACCGCAUAUGAGACAACGCACUGCAUCGUGCCCGUUAUGUCGCCAAUUUUAUAGAUCGACCUUGAAUUCCAAAUCAUUCUUCAGCCCCAGGCCUGUACAAAAACGCACUUGUUUCUUCCCGUCUUUUCAGGGCUUUCUUUUCCUCUAUU